AUGAAGAUCGCUGCUUCUUUCGCGGCCGCUGUGGCCUUGGUUCAGAGCGCUUCUGCGCAUUAUAUCUUCCAGCAGCUUAGUGUUGGAUCGACCAAGUAUCCUGUGUUUCAGUAUAUUCGACAGAACUCGAACUACAACUCUCCUGUCACUGACCUCGCCUCCAACGAUCUUCGAUGUAACGUCGGCGCCUCAGGAGCCAACACCCAGACCGUCGCGGUCAAGGCUGGCGAGUCCAUCACCUUCACCCUCGACACAGCUGUCUACCACCAGGGACCUAUCUCUGUAUACAUGUCCAAGGCACCUAGCUCUGCCGCCUCUUACGAUGGUAGUGGAAACUGGUUCAAGAUCAAGGACUGGGGCCCUUCUUUCAGCGGAAGCUCAUCCAGCUGGCCCAUGUACUUGAGCUACACCUUCAACCUUCCCGCUUGUAUCGCCAACGGCGAGUAUCUUCUUCGCAUCCAGAGCAUGGGUAUCCACAACCCUUACCCCGCGGGCGACCCUCAGUUCUACAUCAGCUGUGCCCAGAUUAGCGUUUCUGGUGGAGGCAGCGUGACUCCUGGAAACCAGGUCAAGAUUCCCGGUUUCAUCAAGGAGACCGACCCCGGAUAUACAGCCAACAUCUACUCCAACUUCAAGAGCUACACCAUUCCCGGUCCUUCAGUGUUCUCUUGCAACGGCGCUCCUGGCGGUGAUGACGGUGGUAGCACCAACCCUCCCACCACUACUCUCCAGACCUCUGCACGACCUUCUUCAUCUACUCAGAACCCUCCCACGAACACUCAGCCCGGUAACUGCGCCUCUCUCUGGGGUCAGUGCGGUGGAAGUGGUUACACGGGCCCCAAGUGCUGCGCUACUGGUACCUGCAAGGCGACGAACGACUUCUACUCUCAAUGUGUGCAGUGA